CUGUCACACACACCACUGCAACUGUAGAUUGGGGAACGGGGCAAAACAGCAGACAGGGGGGUUGAUUUCAACUGAAUUGUGGGUAUUCAACCUAAAUGGGCAAGGCGAAAGGCACCGCAGGAAAAAGGGUCAUUUUAAAAUGCAGGGGAAAAAACAGAGGAUAUCUAGUGGUAGUGCAAUAAAGAGAGAGACUGGGAGAAAAAUAAAAAAAGACAGGGAGAGAGAAAGAGAAGGAGGCAGAGCUUCUCUCUCUGACUGGCUAACUGGCUGGCAGUGAGCUCUGAGCGCUGAUCUGCCUGUUCUGAUGGGGUUUCAUGCCCUUUCGGCAGUUCCAUGGACCCUGAGGGCAAUACGGAGUUCUGUUGUUGAUCUCGUUUUGCCUUUUCUCACCUGUCAAUUGUAAAAGCCAGCUCAGAAUCAGGACAAGCUGUUCCAAGCUUCACCAACGACAAAUGGAUCAUCAACCAGUAACCACAAUCCAAGAGGGGAGAUAAAAGAGCAUUCAAUGCAAGCGGCACAGACACCACUGGCAGAAAUGAGAGUGAUACUGGUGUGUGCCCUCCUCUCCCCACUGUCUUUGGCUCAGGCCUGUCCAAAAGAGUGCAGUUGCAACAACAAAGUCGUAGACUGCCGGGGUCGCGGUCUAUAUGACAUUCCUCGAAGACUACAUCCAGAAACUCAAGAACUGUACCUCCAAGAUAACCGCAUCCGGGGAAUUGUAUCAAUGGCUUUUCGGGAAAUACCCCUUGUCCGUAUUCUUGAUCUAUCAAAUAAUUCUAUAACAUCUAUUUCACCAACUGCUCUGCUGGGUCUGAGGACUCUGCAGCGUCUCAGCCUGGCACACAACAGCCUCAGAGAGUUCGACAGGCGACUCCUCAUUCCAAUUCACUCACUUUCUCGGCUUGACCUUUCACACAACAGUCUCGGAGGGUUGCCUGGAGCCAUGGGGGACAGCUUAAAGAACCUCAGCUUCUUGGGGCUAGCAUACAACAGGUUAACAAGACUGGACCGCUCACUGAUGGAGGCUAUGACGCUCCUGGAUGGCCUUACACUACAAGGCAACCCCUGGAGGUGUGACUGCCAAAUGAUAGGCCUGAAGCUCUGGCUGGAGACGUAUGUUUUUAAAGGUGGUGCCAUAGAUGAAGUGCUUUGCUCCCAGCCAGAAGAAAUGAAGAAUAAAGAUCUGCAAAAAGUUCCUUAUGAGCUCUUCCAUGCCUGCAUGGCUACAAGCUACCACUACCUGUUUGCCAACAUACAUCACCUGGAGUCUGAGAGGCUACUGCGAGGACACACUCAUGGCAAUCAUGCUAACCCUGCCAUUCAUGCCCUACAUGUUCCCAUGGCAAUGGGGGAGGGCUUUGGUGGGGGAGGAGGGGGAAUGACAGAGUGCGAACCCAAGCAGAAGCAACGGCCUGUCAACCUGCGCCAUGCCAUAGCCACGGUGAUAAUCACCGGCGUGGUGUGUGGCAUCGUGUGUCUGAUGAUGCUGGCUGCAGCAGUGUAUGGAUGCGCCUACGCCGCCAUCAUGGCCAAAUACCAGAGAGAGUUAAAGAAGAACGAGGAGCUGGCGGCAACAAAAGGGGCAGAUCAUGCCACAGCAGAUGAUAAGGAACCACUGGAAAAUGCUAUCGCGUAGGAGAAGGAUGAAACUUCCCCAAGACUUGAAACUCUUUGCUCUGGAGGUCUCAACCCUUUAACUUGAUUUUCUCUGGAUGCCAUGUGUGGGAUUGGGUGUAAAUUUUUAGAAAAAAUUGAAUUUGUGAAAAAUAACUAUUUUUACAUAAACUCACCAUACAGUUAAGAUCUGGGUAGCACAGGUAUUUGACUAUGCACCAAUGAGAAGAGUAUCUAUUGUAUGCGGGUCUAAGGGGCUGGCCAAAGAAUUCAACAAUGUACAUUUUUGUUCUAAGAACUGCAUAUCAAUAACAGGGGCAAAUUAAGAUAUAUUUAUAACUGUGUACUAAAAGGUAUUUGUAAUGUUUGGUAUUUGCAUCCAGUAACUUUGUUAUUUAUUAUUUUUUUAAGGUAGACCUUUGCUGUCUUUUAGCUCCUGUUGGUUUAGAAUUUGAGUCUGUUUUAAAUCUGUAAUAACUCAUGGGGAGUUUUUGUAAGUUGUGCCCUGAAUUGCCAUGAUUAUCCAUGUUUGUAUGACAAAAAAGGGUAAUCUAUAUUUCACGUUUGACUGAACGUGCGUGUGGAUUAAUGACCAUCAUACGGAGAAAUAUUCUAAAGUCUGUGCCUAACGAUGUUCUAUAGUUUUGUGAUAAAUAUGUGUUUUUUUAAAGAAUAUUUUCGCAGAAAGCUAACCUGAAAUGGAAAAUUCAUUGAAGCAAUAAUGAACCAACAGCAAAUGCAAAGUCUAUGAUUCAUCCUCCUCCUGUGACUUUACGCCUUUAUCAGUCUGACUUAUCAUACAGCAUCUUUUGAGGUCAGUUUCAAGUUUGUUUUUUACUUAUUACUCAUUUGUACUGGAUACAGAAAAUUAAGUGGUAAUACAUUAAUUAUGGUACAAAUAGCAAAAGAUUAUGAAUACAGUAUGUACUUUUUAUUGGAGAAAGUUAGUUAGCAGGUAUUUUGUGAUCUAAAUGUGGAGGUUUGUCUUUUGAUGUUAAAAAUCCUAAAAAAAAAAAAAAUCCUAAUCCUUUGAAUCCAAAAGUUGCAUUAAAUUUAUUCACCAACUUCUGAUACAAAAGUUAAAAGAAUAGCUGCCUCAUUUUCCUUGAUAAUAUUUCCUUUAAUAUUAAUUUCAAAAGGAUUUCAUUGUCACGUUAGAAUCUCAGAGGAUUUUGAGUUGUUUUUCUGUUACCACAGUUUAUUAUUAAACGAUUAAAAAGAAGAAGACUUUUAAAGUGUUAAUAAAAAAUAAACUGAAGCAAAAAUGGAUUUAUAGCAUGCUGGAGUGUAGACAAGCACUUGAAGGGGCACAGAUGCCUUUGGUUUCAAUGCCCGAGUUGACUUUUGUGGCAGCAGACUCACCGCACGUGGCUUGGGAUGUGACCAAGUACACCGACACACACAAACCCGACAUGCUGGCGUACAUACAUUUAUAUGAACACACACACAAACAUUGUGACUUUAGAGAUGUCUGCAGGGGCUGUGGUGUGUGAUGUCAUCAGCCUGUCCUGUCAAGUUAGUGUGUUAGCGUAUUCAUAAGUCUACAGCUCAGUGGAGCGCAGGCCAGUGAAGUGAAAACUGGCCCCAACCAGCCUACGCUAAAUUAGCAUUCUAGCCUACAUCUCCUCUCCCAUCUAACACUCUUAUAUAAAAUCAUCUCUGUGCGCAAACACUCAAAUAACAAGCAUGAGGGUCACCGCUGUACAUCAGCACCCACUUUAACUUUAUGCUGUUCAGAAAUCCUCCCUUAUUAGUCAUUGAAAUUUAGGCACAGCUCACUAUUAUUUUAAGACAGCAGCACUAGAAUCAACGGGGUCAGAUUAUACUGCGAGCUGGUGUUAACUGUGGGCUGCUUGUGCACCACUGAUGUAAAUCUGAUGAAGACUCCGUUUGUAUGUGUGUGCAUGCAUAAUGACAGUGCACAGACUCUCCCAUCUCUGUCCUUCUGCUCCAGUGGUUUCCCCUAGGCAUAGACUACCCAGAAUGCACUCCUUUUAUGUCAACACAUUCAGGCACUGUGAAAUAAUUUGGUAUUUUUUCCUUUUUUUCUCUUAUUUUAGGGUGUUUGCAUUUUAUAUAAUUGUAGGCCUCAUCUUUUUUGACACUGACCAGACAUUAUUAUUUUUAGUCAUUUUACUUUUAUUAUUAUGAGUUAGAUGUCCUCCACACUCUUUUCCUUUGUGUGUUUUGGACAUUGGGAAAUACCAAGUCUGUGUAGAAUUAAUAAAAAGAAAACAAGACCAAAUUAUCACACUAACAAAAAUUAAUACAAAUAAAAUAUUAUAAUUUAAAAAUACUUAUUAAUAUUUACUGGUAGAUUUCAAUGUUUUCCUUUUUAAUUUGUGGCAAAGUUGUCUUUUACAUAAAUGACAAUAAGUUAAAAAAACAAAAAACCUAGAAUCUGCAGCUUAUGAUCAUUUUUAUAAUUUCACAUCAUCUGUCAAAUCUGGGGAGAUGCAUUAGAUAAACCAUGCAUUAAAAUCUCCCAUUUUCUAAAAUGUUGUUUGUACUAUGGAGAUUCUACUUUCCUGUAUCUUUCUGGUUGAUCAAUUCUUUGUUUACUCCCUUACAAAAAGCAUCAACUUUUAUCAGGUUGAACUGUGUCAAGGAACCACUGAGAAAGGAACCGAUCUAAACCAAUCUUGUGUGUUCUUACAGCAGUAAGUGCACAAAUAAAAAAAAGACAGCAAAGUGG